CAAUAAGUCAUAACCUUGACCACAGAUUAAAAUAUUUUUACGUUUACUCGGGUGACAAGUGAAAUCGGUGAAAUUAUUUAUUUAUAAUAGGAUUACAUUAUAAAAAUGUCCUUUUUUGGAGUAGGGAAUCCUUUUGCCACACCGGUCGGGCAGAAAAUAGAGCAAGCUACAGAUGGAUCGCUCCCGUCGGAGAACUGGGCCCUCAACAUGGAGAUAUGUGACAUAAUUAACAGCAGUACCGAUGGCCCGAAGGACGCCGUGAAGGCUAUACGAAAAAGGUUGACUCAGAGUGCAGGAAAAAACUACACUAUUGUUAUGUACACGCUGACUGUACUUGAAACCUGCGUCAAGAAUUGUGGAAAGAGUUUUCAUGUGCUUGUCUGCAGCAAAGAGUUUAUCUAUGAACUGGUGAAACUUAUCGGCCCCAAGAAUGACCCACCAACUGUGGUGCAAGAGAAGGUGCUUAGUCUUAUCCAGUGCUGGGCUGACGCGUUCCAAAAUCAGCCCGAAUUGCAGGGCGUCGGUCAAGUGUACACCGAGCUGCGCACCAAAGGUGUCGAGUUUCCGAUGACCGACCUCGACGCUAUGGCGCCUAUUUUUACACCGCAGCGGAGUGUACCCGACGGUGGCGAUGCUAUAGUGGGGUCGCCACAGCGCGCUGCCGUGCCGCAGACCUCGCCGAGCCGCCCCACGCAGGAGCAAGUCACUGGCGCGGUAACGCUGUCCGACAGUCAGACGAGCAAGCUGCGCGCCGACCUGUCGGUGGUGGAGGGCAACAUGUCCGUGAUGAACGACAUGCUCAACGAGCUGACGGCGCAGCCCUACACGCAGCACCACGACACUGACAUCGAACUGCUCAACGAGCUGGCAGACACGCUAAAAGCCAUGCAGACCCGCGUGGCGGAGCUAGUGGCGCGGCUGGCGGGCGAGUCGCCGCUCACCGCCGACCUGCUGCUCAUCAACGACCGGCUGCACAACCUGCUGUUACGCCACUCGCGCUUCCUCAACAACCGAAUCGCAGCAACCGGCGGCGCUACUCCGUCGGCUAUCUUGGGAGCAGCCAUGGGUGUUCCCGGCACUACUUCACCGGUGAAAAAAACCGACGAUGAUGCCCUGAUUGAUCUCAGCGACGAUGUGCCCGACAUUGCGAAGCUAACCGUUAAAGAAGAUCAGACAGACAAGUCGCCGAGCAGUGCCAAGGACGAAUUCGAUAUGUUCGCACAAUCGCGCAAUGUCACCUACGAAACUGCUAAAACCGGAGGCAGCAGUUAUGCAGACAACACAGAGGAGCAGUCCAAUUCGGGGCUCGCGGCCGCUACCAGCAUGCGCGCCACACAGGGCACGCCCCUGCCGACAGGCAUGGAUCAGAGAGAGUUCGAUGAGAUAUCCGCCUGGUUAGAACAGGAGAAGGCCGCUUCAGAGGCGAACGGCGCUCAAGAGAGCGUGACCAGCAGCGACUUUGAUAAGUUCCUCGCCGAGCGCGCCGCCGCAGCCGAAAACCUACCCAACGCCGGUGAGAAUAGAGCUCAGAACAGCUCCACGCCACGACAUCGACAGAUCAAGAAGGACGAAGACACCAUGUUCGCUCUCUGAUGUGCUUAAACGUGAGCGUUUGACGAAUUCACUGCUAUGCGAAAAUUAAAAAAAAAAACACAUUUGUUUUUUUUAAUUUGAAUGGCUAAAUGGCAGAUAUAUGGCUUUUGUCUUUUGCGAAAAUUUUGCGUAUUUGCGUCAUAAUAUUAAAUGUUAUAAAAUCUACACCCAAAAUAGUAGAUUAUGAAACGGUAGAAUAAUUAACAUUUGUUUUUAGAACUUCAGUUUAAAAUAAGAGUUUAAAACAAAGUGGGAAAUUGCGUAACUUUAUCGGGUCCGUUUUGAUUGUUAUGACUACAUGGAAAAAUAGUGUAUUAUUGGAGGAAUUAUUUACAUUUAUACCUAUUUAUCUUUGAAGCAGAAUAAUUCAAAGAUAAUUAUUUUAAAAUACCUUCAAAUCCUUCCGUUUAUUUUUUUUUAACUGUUUGAGGUCUGUGGAUCUAGCACUUUUAAGCCUUAACAGGCCUUUUAAACCUGCGGCUGGACAUCCGAAUUUUUAUGUUCUAACCUAACCUAACUUUUUUUUUUGACAAAAUUUUACUUAUAAUUAACAAUAACAAUAUUUUACUGAUGGAAAAACUGUGUUUAAAAUUAGGUGUUUAAAAAAUUAAUGAAACGCACUGGUCACUUUCUUUUUUUCUUUGAUUUGUCCAUUGUAACUUUUUACUAUUUUUAUUAUGCCCGCUGUAAUAUUUUAUUAACUCUAUGGUAAAUUCAUCCUGACUGACAAUUUAACGGUUUCACUUCGAUAUAUUUUAAUAUACCGAAAAAUAACACGUUAAAUUGUAAUCAGUAUGUUCAGUUCACAAUAUAUUGACAGAUUACAAUAUAUCGACAAUAAACUAACGUAUUUUACAAUUUAACGGUGACAUAUCUAAGCGAGAAAAAACUGUUUGUCACUGAUAGCUUUCAUGCGAUUGGUUAGUUGCGUAACUAUCAUAGCGAAGCUUCUCUGGGUCUAAAAUCUAAAGGGAUAAGGUUCAGUUAUACAAAUUUCCCACCAAAUUAUGUGCCGUUUCAUACUCUACAUUAUCUAAUCUCAUGCAAUAGGUAACAGUAAUGUAAUAAUUUCAGUAUAAUAUGCACAUGAUUUUGUCAAUCUCAUUAUAAUUUUAUUAAUUCACAGUUCAGGUUAUUUGGUAGGGGAGCCUAUGAUGUUAAAUGUGUACUUACUUGAGCGUUGCACGGUCUUAUCAGAUUAGAUAGAUAAGAUACAAUUUCGACUUUCAGCGGUGGGGGAAAUAAACUGCAGAUUUUAAAGACAAUCUUUAAAUUCUUCAGUUUUCGGAAAUAUUUUUUUUUAUUUUGGGGUAAAUAUAAAAUAACUGCGCACGUGGUUCGAGGACAAAAGUAAAAAAAAGUUUAUUUUGCAAAUUUGUAACCCAUUCCCUUGAGUUAAACUUAAAUUGUAAAAUUAUUGAACUGCUUGUACUAACUAACCCCACCGCACCCUUAUUGACGUGCCGGUUGAGUAUUUCUGAGUUAUUUUUCAUCCCCUAAGAGUAUCCACCGAUACUAAGGGCUUAUAAUUUAAGGUACUCGACAACAUGAAAGUUUCCUCCCUUGGGUUUAUCUGACGUUCUCGAGUAAAUCUCAAAAUCUCUUUGGCUCCCCAUCUAUGAUAUAAUACGAGAGUAUAUUAUAAACAAGUUUUUUUACAAUAUGUGAUACAAUUGUGUAUGCAUUGCGUUACACUCCUAUUCCAGUACAUUUAUAACCAAACCUUCCUCGUAGGUUCCCUAAUAAAUCCCUAAAAUUACCCCACAUUUCAAUAUACAAUCAUAGGUAAAGUAUGCUCCAAACUUUGAGUCCGUUUUGAACACAACGUAUAAGACAAAAAGACAUCCCUGCGGCGUUAUAAUAGCUACACACUUAUAAUGCGAUAUCAAACUAGAAAUACAUGCUAAGAGGGUAGACAGAGAAUUUUUGCAUCCAUGGAGUGUACACAUUGCAUACACAACUGCUUGAGAAAGAUCGUCAAAAGCAUAAUCGCCACUGAUUGCUAUUUAUAAUUAAUUAAGUGCAUUUUAGCGAGUAUAGCAACACCGAGCUAGGUAGUACAUAGCAAUAGUGAUAGCAUUGGGAGGUAGACAGAUAAGUCAAUAGACAACUAAUUGGCAUGCAGGUGUGAGUCAAAAAUGUAUCUACAAUUUUUUAUGAAUAUAUUUUAAGCUAAUUGGUUACUUAUACUGCAACAAGUUGAGUUUGUGUUUUUUGUUCACAAAAUGACAGGUGGUUAAAGCAAGAAUGUAUAACAUCACGUUUAUUCUUGUUUGAACCAUCAUUGCGUAAGACAAGUCAUGAUACCGAAUAUCGUACCGCCUAGAUUGUUUACUGCAUACGUUGUUAUUUUUUUCGUGAGAAAUGAAUGCUUCCUAUCUGUCUAUAUACUUCUCUGUCUACGGUCGCGAGGAAUCAAACGCAUAGAUUCAACACGGGAGCAUUUAAAAUGAACGUUAAUUUUUAUAGCAAAGGAGUAUUUGGGAAAAUCGUUAAAUUAUAAUAAAGAUAAUGUAAAAUGAACUUUAUGUCUUUGUCUGAAAGUCGUACUAAUAAAACGUCGCCGCUCGCAUAUUGAUUAUGAUUUACGCUUCAACGAAAUGAAGUUUUAGAUAACGAGAGUACGGACAUUUUUAGCUUUGACGUAUGUUUAAAUUUUUGACUAUUCCGCUAUCGAUAAAACUAUGAGAGCAAAAUUAUCGAUAUUGCAAGUAUUACGAGUAUAAAGUUGACAAAAUGCAAUACGAAUUAAAUUAUUAAAAUCGCAUUUUUCAAAAAAAAUAUUAUGUCGUUGCUAUAUGGAAAUCGGCAAAAAGAAGCACGGAUUAAGAGCUAAACCAUCUACCGUUAAAAACCAUCGCUUUUUAUACCAGGGUCAUCAUCAAAAAGAUGUUACAUUUUGAAAUCGUAUGAAGAAUUUUAAAGAGACAAAAAUAGUAGUUGUAUAGUAUUUCUUAUAGGUUAUAGUAUAUGAAAUCAUGUACCAAAAAUAUUUUUAUCGGUAUAAAAACUUUAUAAGCCAUGAAUGGAUUGGCGAUAAUGAAUAAUGUGGCACAUACAUUACACUUGAACGCUGUUAGCUUCAGGCGUAUGAUACGCACUGUUUCUACUCGACGCUAAUUCAGCGAUCAUUCGUUAUCUUUGUAGCGUUUCUUUCGCACGAAAGAGUUUUUAACGAACGUUAAAAAAGCGUUUAAAUAUAGUAUGAAGUUAAAUGAAGGUCUAUUUCCAAAUUAAAUGAUUAUGAAACACGGCUAAAACUCACGUGAUAUUACGUCGGAGUAUGCCCGACUAGUUUCGAACCCAUACGGGACCCUUAGUCAUGAGCUGGUUCUUGCAUCGCGGCACGAUCCAAACUGUCUAUUUCCAACGCCCAAAAUUGAAAAUGCAAUACUGCUCUAAAAAAGCGUCGUGUUUUAAAAAUGCUGUCGUGUAAACAUAUACUUAGGAAUGCAUUUGUUGUAUUUGAACGUUUUUAUAACGUCCGUUAAAAAAUAUCUCGUGCGAAUGAGGGCUUAAGCUUGGCGCUGCAAACGUAAAGUCUUGAUACUGCGUUUGCGUGACGCUAACUCAGUGAUUAUUACCACGGACCCAAUACUAAUUUUACGUUAUCUCAGCGUGAUGCUUGCCACUGCCGACGUUGUGGUAUUUCACUGUCUGCACGAAGCUAACUUAGCGAUCAGUUAUCUUUGGAGCACUAGGCAUUGUUUCGGUGUAACGAUUCAUGCAGUUAGCAAAUAUAACACUACGUAACGUUUGCGUUACGCUAACUCUGUGAUCAUCGCUGACCCAAUACUAAUUUUACAUUAUCUUAGCGUGAUGCUUGUCGCUGCCAACGUUGUGCUAUUUCACUGUGUCCGCAAGAAGCUAACUUAGUGAUCAUAGUUAUCUUUGGAGCACUAGUGCAUUGUUUCGGUAUAACGAUUGAUGCAGUUAGCGAAUAUAACGUUACGUAACGUUUGCGUUCCGCUGACUUAGUGGUCACCAUUUACGCAGUGCAUAGGCGCGACGCUAAUACGGCGAUCAUAAGUAACGUUCAAUGAAUGCCCACGACGGAGAAACAUAACAUGAAUUUAAAAUAAAUAAUGUCAAAUACUCCAUUGCAAAUAAGAAUUGCAAUGGGUAAAUAUAUUUGCUAAUAAAUUCAAUGUAAAAAAAAAGUAUGCAAUGUCAAAUAUUUAUCUACUAUAAAUAACGGCUUAGAUACUAUGUGAUAAUUUAAAUUAUAUUGUAACAAUUUUUAGAUAUCAUGUUACAGUAAUAUAAUGGUAUUAUUUUGUUUUUACAAUGCGCAAAAACCAAUGUAUUGUGCAAUAAAUUUAUACAUUUACACGAAAACCAUAGAUCAUGGAAUGUAAUUCAUGUUUCGAUGUAGUGAAUUUCACUAUUAAUAUAAUUAUACAUUUUUUUUGUUAAAUAUUAAUAAUGAUAGUUAGUUUUAAAAUGAUCACUGUUUCUUACUAAAAUAGGUUGAGGGCUGAUAAACUGUACAUUUUUAUAUAUAAUAUUUAAUAGACAGAAUAUCUACUAGUAAGACAAGUAGAAUUUGGAAAGUAUCUUACUUGUAAAUGUCACACAUACUUGUGUUUUGUCUAUGAGUACAGGCAUAUAGACGCAUGGUUAUUUUUAGUGGCACGUAUUUACUUGAAAGGCAAGUAUUCAAGGCCGUAAAAUAAAUUUAAAAAUAAAUUAAAGACAAGUGACAGAUAGGUAACGUAUGAAUAUUUAAAAAACACUGAUUGUUAUUCUAGUAUAACCAAAGAUAUAUUCAAUUAAUUUCUCAUGUUUUCAAUAAUGACCUUCAAGUUAUUAUUUUCAAUUUAAUUUCAAUUACAAAUUAAUAUUUAAUAUCACUUACAAAUAGUUUUCACCAAAUUUCUAGUCCGCUCUGAACACGAGGCAUAUGGCUGCUGCAGUGUACAAAAUCAUAUCCCACCUUGUUGUAAUACGGUUCGGCGUGACUUCAGAGCGGACUUAAAGUUUGGCGCAUACUAUAACAUGACCACCAAUUUGCAUUGUAAGAAUUAUGUAAAUCUUAGCUCUUAAUCACUCUGAUAUACAUAUAAUUAUAUUUGAAGAACAUAAUAUAUUGUUUAUCAGCUCUCAGAUCUUAUGUCUCGACGUUACUGUAACUUACACUUUCAUACUAAUCAUUCUCCUUAUAUCAGAAUGAAGGGAAAAGAUAGACAGACCUCAACCAUAGAAGUAAAGCUUGUCUGAAAUUUAUCUGAAGUGAAGCCAGUUUUAUAUCACAUGCAAAUACACAUGUUACUUUGCUUAGUGUGUAAUGCAAUAAUUUAUUUAUAUAUAUGUAUAAAAUAACCGACGAAUUUGUACAUUAACAUAUGCCAGGAACAUCCAAAAAAAAAACCUUCAACAUAUUUUAUAGUUUACAAAGUUUCUAAUUUUUUAAUCUGUAUUUAAUUUUAUUGUAAUUAUUAAUAUUGAUAAGUACAACAUUGUAAUUUAAUUUGAAUAUAGCACAAUACACUUAUCUAAAAUGUAUAUUUUAGGUGCUUCUGUUUAUAAAGUAACUUGCAAAAAAAUAAAGAAUAACGGAUAAACUACACAUUAUAUAUAUAGGAAAUAUUUGAUUAUAUAAUUUUUUGAUGUAGGUCUGUCUGUAUGAAAACUUUUUCCUUUUGUCUUGGCUUUCAUAUGUACCUAUUGUUAUUGUUUGACUAUUAAAUUCAACCAUUCCACUUGUCUCAAGUAUUUCGGUGUUUAAUGUGAUAAUUUAAAAUGGAACAAGCUUAAUGUUAAUAAUUUAAAAGAGUUAUUUUAUGUUUUAAUCGUUGUAUUUUUAAGAUAAUAAAUAUUAAUAUUAAAUAUC